AUGCUCGGCUACAUCACUAGCCGCUGGCAGGCUACCGGCGACCAGAAGAAGACCAGUCCGACCUGGUUCGACCGCCACGUCUCGCCCAUCCUGCUCUCCGUCGCCAAAAAGGCAUGCACCCACCCCAUCCACACCAUUGUCACCCUCGCAUUCCUCGCCAGCUACUCGUACCUCGGCGUACUCGACAAGGGCCUUCUCGAGAGCGGCGUCGACCAGGUCGCCAGCAAUGUCGAUUUCCGCACGCUUCUGGUCGGCAGCAAGAGGCUGAGAAUCGGCCCAGAGACGUCAUGGCAGUGGGAAGCUGAAGACACCAAGGCCACCACCGCCGACAGGGUACAGCCUGCACAGGAACUCGUUCUGGUGACACUCGUCUUCCCCGAGUCCAGCGCCGUCAACUCGGCCCCCUCGCAACAGUUCCUCACCCACAAUGUCUCCGCGGAGAUUCUUCCCAGCUCGGCCAGCUCCUUCUCCACCCUCUCCCCUGACACCUCGCUUGCAUUCUCCAUCCCCUACGCAGAGGCUGCCGCCUUUCUCGAGGCCAUGAAGGAGAUUCCCGCCCCAGAAGAUGUCACCCAAGUCGAAGGCUCCGACAAAGGCACACUGGAGGAGAAGAAGUGGAUGAUGCGCGCCUCCAGGAACGGCAAUGCCUCGUCUGGCAUCCGCAACUGGGUCGUCGAAUCUUGGACGUCGUUUGUUGAUUUGCUCAAGAACGCAGACACUGGCGAUAUCGUCAUCAUGGCCCUGGGCUACCUUGCCAUGCACCUGACAUUUGUCUCCCUCUUCCUCGCCAUGAGGCGACUGGGCUCCAACUUCUGGCUGGCUACCGCGGUUCUGCUGCAGUCUGCCUUUGCCUUUUUGUUUGCUCUCGCCGUCACGACUUACCUUGGCGUUCCCAUCAAUCUUAUCCUUCUCUCUGAAGGACUUCCAUUCCUCGUUGUCAUCAUCGGCUUCGAAAAGCCCAUUGUUCUUACCAAGGCUGUCUUGUCUGCCUCUGUGGGCAGCCAACGACCGGUCAAGGAGAAACAAGGAGAGCCAGUAACUAUCCAGUCCGCCGUGCAGACAGCCAUCAGACAGACUGGCUUCGAAAUUGUGCGUGACUACUUCUUCGAGAUCCUCAUCCUCGUCGCAGGUGCCAUGUCUGGCAUCCAGGGUGGUCUACGACAGUUCUGCUUCCUGGGCGCCUGGAUCCUCUUUUUCGACUCGCUUAUGCUCCUGACCUUCUACACGGCGAUUCUCACAAUCAAGCUCGAGGUCAACCGCAUCAAGCGUCACGUGGCUCUUCGCCGGGCUCUCGAAGAUGACGGUAUCGAUGGCAAGGUAGCGGAGAGUGUGGCUCGUAACAGUGAAUGGCCGAGUGCCCGCGACGUCCAAGUCGGCAGCACUACCACGACGGUUUUUGGAAAGAAGAUUACCGUGCCCAAGUUUAAGAUUCUCAUGGUCGUCGGCUUUGUCAUUGUCAACGUUAUCAACGUUGUCACCCUCAAGUUCGGUCUCACGCCCACCAAGGCUGCCCACGUCUCUGGUGUUGGUGCUACGCCUCUCCUGGAUCCAUUCAAGGUUGCUGGCAGUGGGCUGGACUACAUCUAUCAGCAGGCAAAGGACACUGCGACAUCGACCGUUGUGACCAUCCUUACGCCGAUCAAGUAUGAGCUUGAGUUUCCUUCUAUUCACUACGCUGAACCUUCCCUUGCCGACUCAGAGUAUGGUUUUGGCAACAACAUCAGCACUCACAUUGUCGAAGGCGUGCUGAAGAGUCUGGAAGACCCGUUCCUGAGCAAGUGGAUUGUGCUCGCGCUCAUCAUGAGUGUAGUCCUAAAUGGUUACCUCUUCAAUGCUGCCCGAUUGACAAUCAAAGAGCCCCACAAGCCCCUUGAGCCUCCCGCUCCGUCCGAAGUUCAAGAUGGUCUUCCUACUAUACCAAAUACCCCUCAGAUCCCAACCGCGAACAUGCCUACCCCGCCUCGCACUCCUGGCCCAGAGGACCAAACCGGUCGUCUGCAACCGCUUACCCAAGUUCAGCCAAAGCCCCAACCUGAGAUACCAGCAGGCCCAUCGGAAGAGCAGCAACGCCAGCCCAAUCGCCCCUAUGAAAUCCUCGAGCAAAUGAUCAAAGACAAGCAGGCACCCAAGAUGACUGACGAGGAGCUUAUCGAGAUGUCGCUGAGAGGAAAGAUUCCAGGUUACGCUCUUGAGAAGACGCUUGGUGACAAGACCCGCGCUGUCAAGAUUCGUCGUGGUCUCGUCUCUCGAACACAUGCCACCCGCGAAACUUCAACUCUGCUGGAAAGCUCGCUUCUGCCCUACAAGGACUACAACUAUGAUCUCGUCCAUGGUGCGUGCUGUGAAAACGUCGUUGGCUACCUUCCCCUUCCCCUCGGUGUUGCUGGUCCCAUCUUGGUCGAUGGCCAGAACUACUUCCUUCCCAUGGCUACCACUGAAGGUGUGCUUGUCGCCUCGACCUCGCGCGGUGCCAAGGCCAUCAACGCUGGCGGCGGUGCUGUGACUGUGGUUACUGGUGAUGGCAUGACCCGUGGACCCUGCAUUGGAUUCGACAGCCUCAUCCGCGCUGGUGCUGCCAAGAUCUGGCUCGACUCAGAAGAAGGUCAGAGGAUCAUGAAGAAUGCUUUCAAUUCGACAUCUCGCUUCGCCAGGCUGCAAUCAAUGAAGUCUGCAAUUGCCGGUACCAACAUCUACGUUCGUUUCAGAGCCACGACUGGCGACGCAAUGGGGAUGAACAUGAUUUCCAAGGGUGUUGAGCAUGCUCUUAACGUCAUGGCAAACGACUGUGGCUUUGACGACAUGCGUGUGGUGUCUGUUUCUGGAAACUACUGUACCGACAAGAAGUCUGCUGCCAUUAACUGGAUUGACGGCCGUGGUAAGGGCGUGGUUGCCGAGGCCAUGAUCCCUGGCUCCGUUGUCCGGUCUGUGCUCAAGUGCGAAGUGGACGACCUGGUUCAAAUGAACAUUUCCAAGAACUUGAUCGGAUCCGCCAUGGCUGGUGCCUUGGGUGGAUUCAACGCCCACGCAGCCAACAUUGUCGCCGCCAUCUUCUUGGCUACAGGCCAGGAUCCAGCCCAGGUUGUUGAGAGUGCCAACUGCAUUACCAUUAUGCACAACAUCAACGGUAACCUGCAAAUCUCUGUUUCGAUGCCUUCGAUAGAAGUUGGUACCAUUGGCGGUGGAACCAUUCUCGAGCCCCAGUCAGCCAUGCUUGACCUGCUCGGCGUACGAGGUGCCCACCAAACGUCGCCUGGUGACAAUGCCCGCCAGCUCGCCCGUAUCAUUGCCGCCGGUGUUCUUGCCGGAGAGCUGUCGCUCAACAGUGCGCUGUGCGCCGGUCACCUGGUCAAGGCGCACAUGGCACACAACAGGAGUAACGUUCCUUCGCGCGCCCCAACGCCUGCGCCCGCCACGCCAAGCAACGGCACCAUGACACCGGUGACAGGCGGCAGCGGCAUCCUGAACGCCCUGAGUUCAACUGGAGGACCUGCGCCUCGACGAUAA